AUGCAGAAUACAGUGUACUUAGAAACGUUUACUUCUCCUGCAAAUUAUCAAGAUUCACAUAAAAUUGAUAUUUCCUUGGAAUCAUUAGUAUCUUACAGCAUCUAUAAAUUUUGUUCUCCAGACGGCGUUGAUAUAAAAUUUGUUUAUAAAAAUGGAACAAUUGAUAACGUGUCAGUCUUUACUCAACAUUAUGAAAAUGUUAAAAUAUAUAAUGCGAAUGAUAUACCAUGGCAAGUACGGUCAUGUAAUUUUCCUGUAGUUAAAUACGAAGACACCAUUAUAUCAGGUCUUUGUGGGGUAGCUAGACACAUUUGUAAAUAUAGAUCCAUGAAAAAUUUGUCACAUGAACAUGAAGAAGGAUUACUCGGUUUUAGAAAAAGCUGUCUACAAGCACCAAAUGAAGUAUCUAUAUGGACCAAAUUUUGUGAAGUAGAUAUUAUAAAAACAGUAAAUAAUAUUUUAGGCUCAGACCAAUUGCAAGAAAUCCCUAAGAAUUUAAUUAGAUUUGAAAACCAUCUUAAUAAACCAGUUAAACUACACAAUAUAUACAAGAUAGCGAGAGAAUUAAAGAAAGAAAAUAUGAAUUUAAAUUCAAAUGAAAUUAAACAAGAUACAAAAGAAAUGUCUCAGAAAGAAAGAGUUUCUAAACCCCGUAAAUGGAAAUCAAACAUAAAAAAAUCACUUGAAAUUGAUUGUACUACAAAAAUAGAAGAGCUCCAUAUAAGUCAUAAGUUUGCAGAAGGGCCUUUUCUUACAUUAGCUGAUUUGAUUCUCUUCAUUUCUUAUUAUAUCAUUAUUCAAAGUAUAGGAACUACUUACUUUGAAUCUCUCUUACCGUUAACAUACAAAUGGUUUGAUAAUAUUGCCAAUAUUACAGAAUUAAGGAAUAUAUUAGAUAUUUUGCCAAAAGUUACAAUAAAGCCUUUAAAAAUAGAUAAUGUCAUAGUUCCUACUAUUGAUGAUGUAAGUUUAUAUAAAUCUGAUCCAAAGAGGCAUAAUCCGAAAAAGAGGUUAUUUACCAAAGAAUCUGAUAUAGAAAAUGCUUUAAGUGCACUUCAGGAUGGAAUGGAGCUUAAAAUUACUUAUAAUAAAAUGAAUUCUGGAAUAAAAUGGGAUGACAUCCCUAAUGGUGCUAAUCCUUGUGCUGGUCAUUUACCAGAUGAUAGAAUAGUGAGAAAAUCUCAACAACUUGAAAAUUUAGCUCUAGCUGUUUUAAAUAUAGCAAAGGAUGGUGAUUUAAUUGUAGACUUCUGCAGUGGAAGCGGUCAUUUGGGAAUCCUUCUUGCUCAUUUAUUACCUAAAUGUACAGUUAUUCUUUUGGAAAACAAAGAGCAGUCUUUGUUAAGAGCAAGGGCGAGAGUACACGAGAUGUGUUUAAAAAAUGUGCUUCUCUUUCAAUGUAAUUUAGACUUUUUUGUGGGUAAAUUUGAUAUUGGUAUUGCUUUACAUGCUUGUGGAGUGGCUAGUGAUUUGGUUUUAGACAAAUGUUUGAAGGCAAAUGCAAAGUUUGUCCUCUGCCCUUGCUGUUAUGGCUCUCUCCAUGCAACGGAUAGACUUACAUAUCCAAGAAGUGCUAAAUUUAGCAGCAUUAAUAUUGAUCAAUAUUUGUGUAUUGGGCAUGCCGCAGAUCAAACACACAAGGAUCAUCACUUGGCAGAAAGAGGAGCAAAAUGUAUGGCGGUUAUUGAUUCCGAUCGUGCUAGAUUAGCAGAGGAAUUUGGUUACAGAGUAACUUUAUCAAGACUUACACCUUUAUCUUGUACACCUAAAAAUAACUUGCUUAUUGGUAUCCCAUGCUAG